AUGAUCACUAUAAACAAGAAUCGUGGUGAAUCUAGCAGGACGAAGUUAAAGACUUUUGACAACUGUGGUGAAGCACGUUGGUCAAAUCUUAACGAUGAUGUGCUUUUUUUAGUAAUGAUGCAACUGGGACUUAUCGACUUUCUUGCAUUUAGUGGAGUUUGCAAAACAUGGAGGUUACUUGCACACACCAACAGAAACAAAUUUAUGGCGUCUAGACCACCCAUGUUUUUACAUAUAUCUCCCUCUGGUAAUAGGGAAGAGUAUUACUGCUGCCUAUCGGACUUUAAAUUCAGGAAAUUUAAAACCAUCCUUCCCCAUUAUUUUGGCAGAUUCUGUGUUGGAUUAACCUGUGGUUACCUGAUCUUAUUCGGGAAGGAAACCCACGACUUCUGGCUUGUGAAUCCUAUCACAAGGUAUCAAUUUUACUUCCCUGCUGUCCACUUUCUAGGAAGUAUUAGAGAUCUAACAGUUAUCAGGGCUAUCCUCGUCUUUUCACCUACAAUAUCUGGGUGGGUGUUGGUAGUGUCACAUAGAUUUGCCGAUACAAUAUGGUUUUCUGUAGUGGGUACACGAGCAUGGAAUCAUGUCUCCUCCACUUUCCCCAUCAUUGAUUUGCAUGCUUUCAAGGGGAAGAUAUACACCUUACACACCAAUUGUUGUUUAUUUCAAUUGAGACUCAUUCCAGAGCCCAAAUGGACAUUACUCAAAAUCAAGGAUGUUUUGAAGACAUAUGGUUUGCAUCUGGAAUUUCUAACAUCAGGUGAAAACCUUUAUGUGACGAAUCGCUUGUCAAAAUGUUUAUACAAGCUUCAGGAACUAGAUUUUGGCGAAAUGAAAUGGGUGUUACAAGAAAAGGCGGCGAUGGGAGACUAUGUGAUCUUUCUUAGCUUCUUGAAACAUGGUGCUCUUAUUAAACCAGAGCCUGGGUCACAAUGGUCAAAAUUCAAAAGACAUGCCGACUUCGUUGACACUUCUGAUAAAGGUCAAAAACCCAGGUUCUUUAUUGCAGCGACAUGGUACUUCCCCCAUGAUUGUUUGACUGUUAAUCACAUAUAUGAAUGA